AUUAAUUUGUCUUUCUUUCACUUUUACACCUCUUCAGUUCCUCCUCCAGCACUUUUUGUCUGUUUCCGAUCGUUUUCCGCACUCCUCAAUCUCGUAAUUAAAGACGAAACUCCUUUCCUUGGUGCCUAAUUAUAAUUGUGCUCCAAAAUCAUUAUUCACUAUCACUAUUAACUGUUUCCAUUCAGGUAUCAUAACAAUAUCUAACUCCUAGUUAUCAUGGAUGAAGAAUAUGAUGCCAUUGUUUUGGGUACUGGGCUCAAGGAAUGUAUUAUUUCUGGAAUGCUCUCCGUUUCUGGAAAAAAGGUUCUCCAUAUUGACCGAAACAAAUAUUAUGGUGGUGAAUCGGCAAGUAUUACGCCAUUAGAGGAUCUAUUCAGUAAAUUUGGCAAUGAAGUACCCAGCCUUGCAGAAUAUGGAAGGACUCGAGACUGGAAUGUUGAUCUCAUUCCAAAAUUUCUCAUGGCCAAUGGAUUGUUGGUUAAAUUAUUGAUACACACUGAAGUUACCAGAUAUCUUGAAUUUAAAGUUAUCGAAGGAUCAUACGUAUACAAAGGAGGCAAGAUCUUUAAGGUUCCAGCUGAUGAGAAGGAGGCUUUGGCGUCUAGUUUAAUGGGAAUGUUUGAGAAACGAAGAUUCCGUAGUUUCUUGUUAUUCGUUAAAGAUUUCAAAAAAGAUGAAAAAUCAACCUGGAAAGAUAUUGAUCCUUUCAAGACAACAGCUGCUCAACUGUAUGAGCAUUUCAAUUUAGACAAGGACACUGCUGAUUUCACUGGUCAUGCUUUAGCUUUGUAUCGAGAUGAUGACUAUCUCAGUAAACCAUGCUACGAUUUGAUUGAAAGAGUUCGCCUUUACAGUGAAUCUUUGGCGCGAUAUGGUAAAAGUCCAUACCUUUAUCCUUUAUAUGGUUUGGGUGAACUUCCUCAAGGGUUUGCUCGUCUCUCUGCCAUUUAUGGUGGUACUUAUAUGCUGGACAAACCAGUGGAUGAGAUUGUAAUUGAGAAUGGUAAAGUUGUCGGUGUAAAAUCUGGCGAUGAAAUUGCCCGAUGUAAGCAAGUCUAUUGUGACCCAAGCUAUGUACCUGAGCGGGUUACUAAAGUUGGUCAAGUAAUUCGUUGUAUCUGUUUACUCAACCACCCAAUCCCGAAUACCAAAGAUUCUCUCUCCACUCAAAUUAUCAUUCCUCAAAAACAAGUUGGUCGUAAAUCUGAUAUUUAUGUCUCUAUGGUAUCUUAUACUCACCAAGUCUCUGCUAAAGGCUGGUUCAUUGCUAUGGUAUCAGCUUUUGUUGAAACCAACAACCCUGAAGCUGAAAUUAAACCUGGACUUGAUCUUCUGGGUCCCAUUAAACAGAAAUUUGUAUCCAUUUCGGACAUUUACAGACCCAAAGAUGAUGGUGUGGAAAGCCAAAUAUUUAUUUCGGAAUCAUUCGAUGCUACAACUCAUUUUGAAACAACUUGUCUUGACGUAUUAGACAUUUACAAAAGAGGAACCGGUGAAGAGUUUGACUUCUCCAAAGUGAAACGUAACUUGGAUGACGAAGAAAACUAAUUAUGUCAAAUUUUGGAGAAAAAGGAGCAACAGGAAUCAUCCGCUAGUAUUCAGCAAGGUUUAAACAAGAAAAGAUUUUGCAAAAAGUAUCAAAGGACUCAACAGGAAAAAAAUAUGCUAUUCUAUAUCUUCAACCUCUUUUCUCACCUUGCCACUUCUAUCUCUUUAUUCUCCCCUAAAAAUGUUUCAGCUUCCUUUUACUUUUAUUACCGGUCUCAAAAUCCUCUCUUAAAUCUAAUCUAUUCUCACUCCCCUCCUUCACCAAUAAAAAAAACUCAUGUUGAAAGAUAUAUCUAAUAAUAUUAACGGUGUUGUAAAUGGAUCUUUAAUAACUGCUUGUCCUUUUUUUCUCAAAUAUGCACUCCUUAAUGCGCUUUUUCUCAUUCCUUUCACAAGAAAAAUCAGCCCAAGAAAAAAAAAUCUUUCUUCAGGUAACCACUUUCCAGCUUGUUUUUUAUCUUCACCACUUUUCGUUUCUACUUUUAUCUUCUUUCUUUGUAUUUCAUCUCCUCUGUAAGGAUUAAUUGCUUUUGGAAAAGUAAAUGAGUGUUAGAUUGUGAA